UUUUAAAAUAAAUGAAUGUAUCAAACCAACUUUAUAUAUAAUCAUUUCGUGUUAUUAACAAACAAUUCCAAGAACAGAGAAAUUAAAGGAAAAUGGAGUUUUAAAUCAAACAAAAGCCUAAAAACAGCAUCAGCAAUCACGGUGGCCGGAGUUCUGAAUGUAUUAACGGAUAAUCUCAACGGAGAAGAUGAAAGAAGAGUGAUUCCUCUUGGCCAUGGUGAUCCUUCUGCUUUUCCAUCUUUUCUUACCACUUCUGUUGCUAGAGAUGCCAUUGUUGAUGCCCUAAAUUCUAAUGAAUACAAUGGCUAUGCUGCUGCUGUUGGUAUACCUCCUGCAAGACGGGCAAUUGCAGCAUACUUGAAUCAAGAUCUUCCAUAUGAGUUAUCAGAAGAGGAUGUGUUUGUAACAGUUGGUUGCAAACAAGCUAUUGAAGUCACAUUAGCUGUUAUUGGUGGAGCUGGAGCUAACAUUUUGCUCCCAAGAUUAGGUUAUCCACACUAUGAAUCUAUAGCAGCACGAGAUCGUCUCGAGUAUCGACAUUUUAAUCUUCUACCGGAGAAUGGUUGGGAGGUCGAUCUUGAAGAUGUUGAGGCUCUUGCUGAUGAAAAUACUGCUGCCAUUGUUAUCAUAAACCCUGGCAAUCCUUGUGGAAAUGUCUACAGCUACCAACAUUUGAAGAAUAUUGCAGAGACAGCUAGGAAGCUUGGAAUAAUGGUGAUCUCUGAUGAAGUGUAUGGUCAUCUUACAUUUGGGAGUACCCCAUUUGUGGCCAUGGGAGUUUUUGGAGAAAUUGUGCCUGUCAUUACACUUGGAUCUAUUUCAAAGAGAUGGACUGUUCCUGGCUGGAGAUUUGGUUGGCUUGUUCUUACCGAUCCUAAUGCCAUCCUUAAACAAUUUGGGUUUGUCGAUUCGAUCACGAGCUGUCUUAACAUAUCAGCUGUUCCCGCAACCUUCAUUCAGGCUGCAAUUCCACAAAUUUUGGAGAACACAAAGAAAAUUUUCUUUAUGAAAACUAAUAAGUUGCUCAGAGAAGCUGCAGAUUUAUGCUAUGACAGAAUUCAGGACAUUCCUUGCCUUACUUGCCCAAGUAAACCAGAAGGUUCUAUGUUUAUAAUGGCAAAACUAAAUUUGACAGCAUUAGAAGAUAUUAAGGAUGAUAUGGACUUCUGUCUUAAGCUGGCUAAAGAGGAAUUGGUCAUUGUUCUACCAGGGGUGAUAGUAGGAAUAAAGAAUUGGGUUCGCAUAACUUUUGCAGCUGAACUUCCAAUACUUGAAGAUGGCCUUGCGAGGAUUAAAUCUUUUUAUGAGAGGCAUGCUAUAAAAUACUGAAUUCUAUAUCAUGACAUAUUAAUUAUGAUUACCAUGUACUACUAGUUUGAUUGUGAAUUGAAACAUUCAUUAAUUAUGAUUAAAGAUGGAGAUGUUAAGUCUAUAAUUUUGUUUUUA